AUGGACACAAGGAAAACUAAACUACCCCAGGGAGGUACCGGCAAAGCCGGAGAAUCCUCUGCCGCUACGGCGGUCACGGCCCACGUAUCUGGGGGGGCCGCACCGUGUUCUGUGUCUUCGCCGGCGAAUGCGCCGAAAUCUUGCAAGGUCGAAUUGACCAGCUUUGACCAAGGGCUUCGGAAUAUGUUCGGAGCUAAACCUAAAAUCGACCAGGUCACUAAAAAGACAGUUGAGACUGCCACGGAUACAACCCGCGGUGUGACUCCUGUCCCCGAAAGUAUUAACCCUAACUUGACGACAGCAAAGGUGGUGGUUGAGACUCCCCCGGUUCUACCCGGGGAUCUGACUCCCACUACCCGCAGCCGUUCCCGGAUCAAUAGUGAGGACUCCGUCACUCGGGCUGCCACCAAGCGGCGGAUCGAGGAGUCGGAAGAGUCACAGUACUCGGAUUUAGAAACCGAUCAUUCUGAGAGGGUUGAUCGCUUUAUUGAAAGAUGCUUAGCAGCCGACACGGAUGACUCCUGCAUGUCAACCGAAUCAGCUCCGUCAACAAAACACACAGCAUCGUCACGUGGCGGCAAAAAACCCCGCGGCCGUGGCAGAGCCCCAACAAGCGGGGAAUAUAUCGGAUUGAGACAGAAGUGGGCUGAAGAAAGGUUGCUCGCCAAGGAGAAACUUGAAGACUCCGAAGAAUCAGCCAUACGACUGACUAACAAAAUGAAGACGGCGCGACUUCGCGCACAGGAUAAAUCAUGCACACUUACUGCAGCAGAGCUGAUGGAGACUAUCCGCACAAGUGCUCAGGCAGUUUUCAAGUGCGCGGGAAAGUGCAGCAAGAUCAGAGGCACUGAGCAGGGGGCCUUUAAGGAAGCCGCCUUGACUAUCGAGGCAGCAAUCACGGCACUGGCUGAUCGGCCUCCUGAUGAAGAAAUUCACAGACUAAACGUUGCCAACUCCCUCCUUAAAAAGGAAUUGGAUGAACUUCGUCAGGAGGUUCGCAACCUCAAAGAGGAAAGGAGCAAGGUCACCCCAGCCAUCAUCACUGCUCCUCCUCCCGUAUGUUCUACACAGGCGGGAGAUAUUGAGAGAGAAAUAAUGGUUCACGUAGGAACAAUGGUUGACGCCAAACUGCAAGGCAUAGAGGAAAGACUCCUCCCAGAAAAGCGCCUUCGCCCAUCCUUGGCAGCAGAUAAAGCGAAAGUUCUGGCCCCAGCCGAGGACUCAACCGCUCUCCCCACGAAAAAACAAACCGGCCCAACCACACGGGCGUCGGCUAAAAGGGUUGCCUCAGCACCCUCUGUAAAGAGUGCACCAACUACUCCCGCAAAUGCUGCAACAACCGCAGCCACCCAGGCGCACGCCAAUCAGAAAGAAUCCCUGGUUGCCGAGCCUCUCGUAGCGGCCGUGGAACUAGCGUCGCCUCCUAAAAGAGGCCGUGUAAGAAAGAAAGGUAAGGGCAAAUCUCAACCUGCCCCCAUGCCUACCAGACCAGAACCUCGCCCGCUUCCUCCACCCCCCGUGUCCAUGGAUGCUGAGUGGACGGAGGUUGUAAAGCGUGGUAAGGGUAAGAAGCAAGGAGGCCAAGCCCCACUAACCAGCGUCAAACCGCCCAGCCAACAGAAGGCUGGGCCGGGCAGAGAAAAGGGCAAAGCCCGCAGGGUUCGUGUCCCGAGAACGGCCGCAAUCUCGGUCGUGUUUACGCCGGAGGCCGCUCGUCAGGAUCCACCUCGUGACUUCCAAUGGUUUAUGCACAUUGCAAAGCAGCAGGUGGAUCUCGCCCAACUGGGCAUAAUGGACGGCCUCCGCUUUAAGCCAGGUCAAACGGCAGCGAAGCUCCUCGUCCUCUCUGGUCCAGACGCGGAGGAGAAGGCGGAUAGGCUAGCUGCUGCCCUCCGUGAUGUCCCCGCUUUCACAGCGGAAAUGGUCGCUAUAAGGCGACCGAUAAAGAGUGAAGACAUCCGACUGUCCGGUUUGGAUGAAUCUAUCGAACAGUCGGAACUCGCGACGGCUAUCUCCAUCAAAACUGGGUGCCCACUAGAACAGAUCAAAGUGGGUAAAAUAAGCGGUACCCGGGACACCCGCAGUGUCAUCGCGCGGGUGCCAUCGAAAACGGCGAAACAGCUGGCAAGUCUACGUCGGCUACUUGUAGGAUGGGCCUCGGUGCAAAUUACGUUGCUAAAACCGAGACCUUUGAGGUGUGUGUCCUGUUGGGGCGAUGGGCAUGUCGCUCACAAAUGCGCUGCCAACGUCAGCGACCGAAGUGCGCUCUGCUUCCGAUGCGGUCAGCCUGGGCACCAGAGGAAGGAAUGUCCCGCCAAUGAACCCCACUGUCUACUUUGCUCAGCGGUAGGAAAGGCAGCGGACCACAUGCUGGGGACGAAAGAUUGCCCUCAGCCACUGCAGAAGUCGAAACCGGUGCCUUCUGGGCCCGGCCGAACGGCUAGCCUCAUGGAGGUGGACGCGGGGGCGUCCGCUUCCUAA